ACACUGCAGGACCCAGGCAGCACUGAGUUGGGGAAUUAAGGAGGCUGUGCCUCCGGGUUGAGCGAAGAGUCGAAGUCCUUUCUCAGAAACCUCUGAUAGGUGGGCCUUAGAGGAAACGCCGCCGAGCACUGCCAAAAUCAGGCAAAGCAUUCCUGGCUGUCUGCUUGGGAGAGACCUAGAAACUGGCACUUCUCUGAGUGAAGAUGAGGAAAAGUCUGUAAAUCAGCCAAAAGAGCCUUGAAGUACUCUUUCGGCGUGAGACAGUGAUGCAGGUGGAAGGAGGUGAACACCACUGGGGAACAUGGCUUCCAGCUUCCGUCCCGCUUAACAGCAACUCCAGCUUCUGAGCCAGGCUCGCCGGGAUGUGCCACUAGACCGCCAUGGACGGAGCCCACAGCGUGGCCCUGCAGCUGCAGCAGCUCCCGCCCACAAGCAGCGCCAACUCCGUGAGCGAGGCUUCCUUCUCCUACAAGGAAAACUUGAUUGGCGCCCUUUUGGCGAUUUUCGGGCAUCUUGUGGUCAGCAUUGCGCUUAACCUCCAGAAGUACUGCCACAUCCGCCUGGCAGGCUCCAAGGACCCCCGGGCGUAUUUCAAAACUAAGACAUGGUGGCUGGGCCUGUUCCUGAUGCUCCUGGGCGAGCUGGGUGUGUUUGCCUCCUACGCCUUCGCUCCGCUCUCGCUGAUCGUGCCCCUCGGUGCAGUCUCCGUGAUCGCUAGUGCCAUCAUAGGAAUCAUAUUCAUCAAAGAAAAAUGGAAACCGAAAGACUUUCUGAGGCGCUACGUCUUGUCCUUUGUCGGCUGUGGCUUGGCUGUCGUGGGCACCUACUUGCUGGUGACAUUCGCACCCAACAGUCAUGAGAAGAUGACAGGCGAGAACAUCACCAAGCACCUCGUGAGCUGGCCUUUUCUCUUGUACAUGCUUGUGGAGAUCAUUCUCUUCUGCUUACUGCUGUACUUCUACAAGGAGAAGAACGCCAACAACAUUGUCGUGAUCCUUCUCUUGGUAGCGUUACUCGGCUCCAUGACAGUGGUGACAGUGAAGGCGGUGGCUGGGAUGCUUGUCUUAUCCAUCCAAGGGAACCUGCAGCUCGACUACCCCAUCUUCUAUGUGAUGUUCGUGUGCAUGGUGGCCACUGCCGUCUAUCAAGCCACCUUUUUAAGUCAAGCUUCACAGAUGUACGACUCCUCUCUGAUUGCCAGUGUGGGCUACAUUCUAUCCACCACUGUCGCCAUCACAGCAGGUGCAAUAUUUUACCUGGACUUCAUCGGGGAGGACGCUCUGCACAUCUGCAUGUUUGCACUGGGGUGCCUCAUUGCAUUCUUGGGUGUCUUCUUAAUCACACGCAACAGGAAGAAAGCCAUUCCAUUUGAGCCCUAUAUUUCCAUGGAUGCCAUGCCAGGUAUGCAGAACAUGCAUGACAAGGGGAUGGCCGUCCAGCCUGACCUCAAAGCUUCUUUUUCGUACGGAGCCCUGGAAAACAAUGACAACAUUUCUGAGAUCUAUGCUCCUGCCACACUGCCUGUCAUGCAAGAAGAACACAGCUCCAGGAGCACCUCUGGGGUUCCCUACCGAGUCCUGGAACACACCAAGAAGGAAUGAGCCCACCUUGGCGGAGACUUGCCUUCCCUCCACUUAUAACUGCUCAAGCCUUGCCUACAGUGGUUCAACUCUUUCAUUCUAAAACUUGCCUUUCAGGUCUUUUUUUUUUUUUUUUUUUAACUGAGAACUCAAAGGAUGGGGAUCUUGAAAAGGCUUUGUCUCUGGAAAAGGAUGUGUGGUCUUGGUCUUGGAAAUUUCGAAUGUUGAGGGUGGGAGGUGAGGGGAUGAGAUGAAAGCAGUAUUCCAGGUGGGCAGUAGGGAAUUCGGCCUCUGCCAUGGGUUAGCCCACCCUGGAAAGCCUUUAUCAUCCUUCAGGAUGGUCACAGAGCUUCCUCAGUCAAUGACCAAAGGUUGCCAUGUUCUCAGAGCUAAAGCAAGGCACAGAUUCCGCUCUUACGUUCCAAAUCCAGUUAAAGGCUGGAGACCUCUAAGUCUGGUCUUCCCCCACCUCACGUGCAGGCCUGAUCUCCACCCAUCUCACUCCUGAUUCUAUAUUUGCGAUAACAUUGGUGUUACCUUCACGUGGCCUAGUGGACCAGCCCCGGGUGGAACAUGCAACAUGCUCUCGUUUGCCUGUAGGAGAUGCUCGUCUGCUUCCCCAAUGUCUGUGCCAUGCCAGCGAAAACGUGCUUGAUGUGUUCAUAUUGGAUCUACUCUGAAAACUAAUUUGGUUUUGGUUCUGUGAACUACUUGAUUGCUUUUUUUCCCCCAAAGGAACUGGGAAGUUAAGAGAAGAAAGGAGAGAAUAAGGACAGAAGCAGAGUGAUGACACUUCAGCACAUAAGGGAGGGAGAAUCCUUUUCCAUCUUAUGAAAGGUGACUGCAUCACUUAUACAAGGACAGACAGAAAAUGUUUUAUAAGCACACUGGUACCUCCUGGGAAGAGUGGGGGUGUUCAUUUCAGAGACCCCUUCUCUCCCCUCCCCUCCAUCCUCUCCUUUAUAGAUCGACAAACCAAGCUUGAAUUAUUGAUUACUUUUCUGGGAGUCGACAGAGACUCUUUGGGUCCUCUCCUCCAUACACAUAUGUCUGGGAGACCCAAGUGUUCCCAGAAACGGGGCUGCUGCCUUCUUUCCGGCUGCAUACAGCUUUCCCCCUAGACCAGCUGUAUACUUUUGAGAAUGGCAGGGAAAGGUUUGCAAACUUUCAUGAGCAUAAGGAUCCCCUAGGGUGUUUAUUUAAAAUGCAGAUUCCUCUAGCCCAACCACAGAUGCUCUGUUUAAGUGGGACUAGGAGCAUCACACACCUUGAAAGCCUAGUAAUUGAGAGACAUGGUCUGUUCAAACCCCCAGGGCCUGAUACAUUCCUACGGGAGAGUUGAAAUUACCAUUCCUUUGUUUUCUCCCUAGGGUUCACUUGGCAAGUCAGAUAAUCCCCAUAGACCCCGAGGCAUUUCUCCAUUCAUUGAUUACUACUUAGAGCUACACUUACUGCUUCCCGCCACAGCCUUUAACUAAUAGGCAAGAAAACAGUGUUAAUAGACCGUGUUGCUAGAUCAUUAACCUUUAUUGAUUAUGCUUAAUACUGAUUUAGUAACUUGACUUCAAAAACUGUUGCCUGUGGUAACCACUUGUGUAUUGUGUCUGAACCACUUCUGUAUUGUGUCUUACAUGCCCUAAGAGGGCAACAGACAAUGACUGACUUUUUCCCCUUUAGGGUAGGUAUCAGCUCAAUUCAACAAUAUUUAUGAGACAUUUACUGUUUGUUAAGCAUUUGGAUGGUGAGAGCAGAAAAGAUGAAGAAUAGUUCCUGCCCUCCAGGCCAGCAGGGGGAGAUACAGAUACCUGGGAAACUGGCAGAGCCGACGAGUACAACCGCAGACCACAGAAAAAUGAUAGUGAUGGAGGUCCUGCUAAAGGUCAGGCCCUGAGCCUAAAAUGGGGUAUUCAAAAUGGAGGUGAUUUUGGCCCCACUCUUUGAUGGGUGGCAAAUCUAACUAAGACUUGGGCAAAGCAUUGAAAGUAGGGUGAUCACCCCUCAGGCAGAGAGACCAGCAUUUGCAAAGGCACAGAGAUAGGAAGGUGGAGAUGGCAAGGAAAGGAAAGCCGGGGAAGGUGGUGGGAGAGGAGCCUGGAGAGAUAAGCAGUGGAAGCCAAGUCAUGGAGGGCCUUGAAUGCCUGACAGAGGAGUUUCAAGUGUAUCCUAGAGGGUACGGGAGCCAGGGAUGGUUCAUGAGGAAGAGAAUGGCGGGAUCAGCACUGAGGAAAGGAGACCUUAUGUAGUGUGGAGGAAGGAUCUGAAGGGAUAAUAAACGUCACUCUUCAAGGUCAGGCUGCAAGCCUGCCAGAACAGGACAAAAGGAGAAUUAAAAUUCGGUUUUGCUGCUCUUCAGAGGAGGUGGACAUCAACUUUCCAUUCACAGUCCUGAUCCUUACUUUUUUUCUCAUGGCUCUGACAUCCCCAAGCCUUCUCGAAUGUUCCAAGCUAUGGUAAACAUCAUGCCUCCAUCUCCUUCCUAGCAGCCAGGAUGUUAAACUUGAGUUUAAGCUUUUCAAUUGUUCUGUGGUCUUCCUCUCCCCACCCGACUCUGUCCCCCUUGUCUAGGGGCUGGGAUUCUGGCUUACCUUACCAGAUGUUAGAACCAGUCCUCCGCCUGCCUGCGGGUUUUGAUGACAGGUCAGCCCCCCUCCCCACCUGACUCCUCCCAUGAAGCUGCAGGUCUGAUGAUGGUAUCACAUUAAGCUUUAGAACAAAUGGGGGCGUUGCAGUGUGGAAUUAAAUUCUGGGUAGAAAAGGGAGAACCGACAUCUCCAUUGCUUUUCUGGUAUAAACCAGCCAGUUUGGUGCUGGCUGUGUGGAUGCAAGAUGUCCAUCAGGGUAGUGUUGGGGAGCUCCACCCUGCAUCCUUGUGAAUUCGAAAUCUGGUCCAACACUGGCUAAUAGGCAGAAAGAAUUUACUGUGUGUUUCUCUGAGAAGCUGUGUAAAUGAAGUCAUCUUAGAAUAUAUUCUAUGUGGAUGCUUAUAUUUUGUUAACUUCAUGACUAAUAUGGCAUGUCUGGUUUUUCAAAAAAAAAAUGUGUGUGCUAGGUGCAAAUAAAAUUAUGAAGUGGUAUUUAAUUUUAAAACA